GCCUCAGGCUAUCAUGAGCUCUCACGCCCUGGUGGGAGAAUCUGGGGAAUAUAAAAACCCGCCCAAUCCUCCCCUUCAGCUUCAGCUUCAUCCACCAGCUCAAAGCACCAGAGUCCAGAUCCAGCAGCAGAUCCAGUCUCCAGAUCACCACCCAUCCGCACUUCAUCCAUCCAUCCAUCCAUCCAGCCAGCCAGCCAGCCAGCCAGCCAGCCAAAAUGCAGUUCACCACCUUCACCACCCUCCUCACCCUCCUCUUCGUCGCGAUCACCGCCUCCGCAGCCCCAGUGAGGAUGUGCGGCACGCAGCCAUACGAAAUCGACAAAUACACCUGCUAUCCCCAAAACAACAACCUCCUAUGCCCGAUCCUGCACGGGGUGAUCUACCAGCCAUGCGGCGUCGCGUGCUUCGACCCUUCGAACUACUCCUGCGUCAAUGGCGAGCUGCGGCCCGUCGGCGUGUGCAACGGGCAGGUGUUUGAUAAGAACUCUUAUGUCUGCGUCAAUUACUUUCUCUGCCCAGUUGGCUUCCCGAAUGUGUGUGGCACUGCGUGCUAUAACCUCAGUCAGUAUAGGUGUGAGGAUGGGAAGUUGGUGCAGCAGUAGGUGGUAGGGCUUGGGCAAGGUAAACAGUGAGACUGGUAGUGUUGGCGGUGAAGGAAAUGGAGUGGGAUAUUGGGAGGGAGGAAGGGAGGGAACCAGGGGAGGGGCUAUUGGCAGAGAGAUUGAGGGUUACCAGUGGAGAGUGAGGGGGAGGGGAGGGUGAGCGGUUAUGACUAUAUGUCCAUUCUUUUGUUAUCGACUUAGGUACCUAUUGUUUAGUUUUUGAUGAAUUUAAUUGCAUUGGCCAUGCAG